AUGGAGAGGCAUAGGAAGCGAGAGCUUCGAGAGCUCAAUUUCAGAGCGUGGGAUGGCGAGCAAGAUGUCUUCCCCGUGCACGGCUCCCUCGACUCUUCCAUGAAGAAGAACACGGCCUUCAUAAAGCGCCUACGAACCGCCGUCAACGCGCCCGCACAAGCCCAGUUCCUCCAAGAGAUCCGAACGCUAUCGCUCCACAAAUACCUCUCCGAGAUCAUCUCCGCCUGCUACGAGGGUCUUUGCAAGCUCAAGACUCCCGGCGAGAUUGCGGCAGGUGUCGAGAUCAUCAGCGCCCUCCACCAGCGCUUCGGGCCCACAGACUUUACUGCAUACAUCGCAUGGUACGUCGGCAGAGGGCUGGCCACGCCGGACAAAUCUCACCUGAAGACUUUGGCGCAGGAGGUCCGUGACCGAGAAGAGAAGGAGCGUCUGGCUCGCCAGCGUGUGUUGUUGCGCGUGGCUACCGAGCUGUGGCUUGUGGGAGUUUUGCGGAGCCUGGAUGACGUAGCUCGACCCGAGGAGGCAGUCAAGAGCAAGGACAAUGGCAAGCUCGUCGAGGGGCCAAACAAAGCCAGGGCACGAGCAGAGAACGCGGAUGCUGAGCCAUUUCCUUUGGAAGUGUUGAAGGAUAUGCUGGGCCACGACAGGGAUCAUGUCAACCUGCCUUUGGUGGUCAUCUUCGUCAAGGCCUUCGCUUGGGAUGUUCUUGGAACAAAGACGUCUUCCACAGAGGGUCGUAAAACUGUGAACGAAGAUGGCACAACCACUGCGGAGAAGAACGGAGACACAUCAUCCACGGACGACGAAACGCCCAGCAAAGACCCUCCCAUUGUGUCUCCAGAGCUACAACAGCGCUUUGCAAACAUUCUCACGCGCUAUUUCGAGGACGUCAAAUUACACUUGUUGCGCGACCAAAAGCACCUGGCGGCUCAGAGUCGUAAGAAUGCUGAAGCCUACGUCAAGUCUGGGGAGGUGUUCGAAGAUCGGCAGGCCAACUAUGAAAAGCAACUGAAAGUCCAGGAGCGAUUGGUCGCCAAUGCUCAAGUAUUGUCUGAUGCACUAGGUGUGGAUAUGCCGGAUUUGAAAGAGAAGGACGGUAGCGGAAACACUGGUGAUGGUGCCAUUGGCUUGGUCAAGACAGGCGAAUAUUUGCGAGGUCAGAGCGACGGUUCUGGACUAUGGGAAGACGAGGACGAACGCCGCUUCUACGAGAACCUGAUCGACUUGAAAGACCGAGUCCCUGGAAUUCUCCUCGAAGCUCCCUCUAAGAAAAAAGUCGACAGCGAUGAGCAGGUGGGCAAGAAGAUUGAGACCAAACCGGACGCAGGGGAUAAAGACGCAACAGAGGUCGCCGCUACUGAAGCAAAAACCGCCGAAGCAGACGAUCAGUCCACUGCUAUCGCGAACAAGUCUGUCGGAGCACAGGUGGAUGCUAUUCUUGCUAGAUUACCUGAGCUCAACACCAAGGAUGCAGUGGAUCAGACCGCCAUGGACUUUUGCUUUCUAAACUCCAAAGCGUCUCGCAACCGUCUCAUCAAAGCUGUUCAGGAUAUACCAAAGGGCCGUUCCGACUUGUUGCCUCUGUAUUCCAGGCUUAUCGCAACCCUCGGUAAAUACAUGCCAGACAUCUCUCAAGGCCUGGUUUCGUACCUCGAUGAUGAGUUUAGAAGCCUGCAGCGACGUAAAUCCAAGGACUUCCUUGGACAGGUGCGGACACAGAAUGUGCGCUACCUCGCGGAGUUGACCAAGUUUGGUGUGGUCCCGGAGCAUGUCAUCUUCCAUUGCCUCAAAGUCAGCUUGGAUGAGUUUUCAAGAAUGAACAUUGAGAUCAUUUGCAACCUGUUGGAGAACUGUGGGCGAUAUCUCCUUCGCAACCCAGAAACCUCUCCUCGUAUGGCUUCAUUUUUGGAAACACUCCAACGGAAAAAGGGUGCUCAGGUUCUUGGUCAACAAGAGCGCAUGUUGAUUGAAAAUGCCAUCUACUACGUCAAUCCGCCAGAACGUGCGGCUAUUGAGCAGAAAGAGCGCACGCCAAUAGAGCUGUUUCUUCGCAAGAUGAUGUAUCAGGACCUCACCCGUCGCACGUUGGACAAGUCUGUCAAGCAAAUCCGCAAGAUGCAUUGGGAGGAACCAGAAAUAGUCGAUCUCCUGCACAAGGUCUUUUCGAAGCCCGGAAAGGUCAAAUACAGCAACAUCCACCUGUUGGCUGUUAUUCUUGGAACAAUCCAUCGAUACCAUCAAGACUUUGCAAUUUCGGUCAUCGAUGACCUUCUAGAGUCCAUUACCUUCGGACUCGAGCUGAACGACUUCAAGUUCAACCAACGAAGGAUUGCAGAGAUCAAGUAUCUUGGCGAGCUAUACCUCUAUCGAUUAGUCGACUCCCCUCUUAUCUUCGAUACCUUGUAUAAACUCUUGAACUACGGCUGGGAGGGAGGCUACGCCCGUCCAGGACUUUACAACCCGCUUGACCUCCCAGAUGACUACUUCCGCAUUCGUCUGGUGUGCAGUCUGCUCGAGACAUGCGGCAUGUACUACGACAAGGGUGCAGCGAAGAAGAAGCUCGACUUUUUCCUGACAUACUUCCAGUACUACGUUUGCUUGAAAGAGUCUCUGCCAAUGGAUGUAGAGUUUAUCGUGCAAGACGCAUACAAUCUUACGCGACCACAGUGGAAAUUGAUUACUGACCUGGACGAAGCCUCUCAUGCUUUCGCCGAAGCCGUCAAGCAGAACUACCAAACGGCUGCAACCGACAAGGCAGUUGAACCUGAUGAAGAAGAUCUUUCUGCCUCCGAUGACGAUCUUGAGGGUCUUGAAGACGAAGACGUGGUGGUACCAGAAGGAGACGAGAAGUCCUCCGAUGAAGAUGAACAGGACUCGGAUGACGACGAGCCUGUCAAACAAGCUUCGUCGGACGAAGAGGAAGAGCAGAUUGUUGUGACGCGCCCAGAAGACGAGCGCGACCCUGAAGCUGAGGCUGACUUCGAUCGUGAACUGGCUAAGCUCAUGUCAGAGAGCGCGGACUCGCGCAAAUUCGAACGCAAGCCCGUGUUUGACGUGCCACUACCGAUGCGUCGCGCUCGGGAGGCAACAGCUAAUCCAGAAGACAGCGUGAACGAUGUGCCUGUUCCAUUUACUCCGGGAAACACAAUGAAGUUCUCACUUCUUAGCAAGCGCGGAAACAAGACGCAGGCACGAUCUAUCGAUUUGCCCUCAGACUCUACGUUUGCCGUUGCUAUGCGCAGCAAGCAGCAAGCCGAAAAAGAGGAACAGCAGCGAAUCAAGAACCUUGUACUGAACUACAACGAAGCUCGAGACGACGUUGACGACACUGGUGAUACACCAUUUUCUUAUAUUCUCUCGCCUAACACCAAUAAGAAGCGUACUGAAACUCCUCAAGGUCUGGACAAGACUCCCAAUCCAUAUGCGCAGCCGCGCCUCGACAAAGCUGGCAACAACCGCAGCAACCAGCGUGCCAGGAAGUUGCAGCUUAGUGAUGUGAACUGGUACGACUCCCCUUUGUCUGUUCGGCAAGAUCGCCCUGGAACUGGCCUGUCUUCUUCCAACACUUUCGCUGCUAGGAAAGCAGCAAGAAAGGCUCGAAAAGACAGCGUCCACUCAUCCCAGGGUUUUCAAAAGCCUCCCCUGUAUUCGCGUCCGUCUUGA